UGCAUUCAUUUUGGUCCAAAAUUAAAGAAGCCAAAUUUAUUUCAUUUUAAUUAUAGAUAUGAAUGUUUUUCUGUUUGUCCUCCAGUUCCUAUCUUUCAUUCUAUUAACUACUCCUACUAAAGCAUCUGAAAUAAAUGUUGAAAGCUAUGAAUCUGAUAGGAUAACUAAUCUUCCAGGACAACCUUCAACUCCAUCAGUUUCACAUUUUUCAGGUUACAUCACUGUCAAUCAAGAACAUGGCAGAGCCCUUUUCUAUUGGUUCUUUGAAGCUCAAUCUGAGCCCUCCAAUAAGCCUCUCCUGCUCUGGCUCAAUGGAGGACCUGGAUGCUCUUCUAUUGGAUAUGGUGCUGUUGUUGAGAUAGGACCUCUUUUAGUCAACAAAAAUGGUGAAGGACUCAACUUCAACUCAUACUCUUGGAAUCAAGAAGCAAAUUUGUUAUUUGUGGAGUCACCUGUUGGAGUUGGUUUUUCUUACACCAACACUUCUUCUGAUCUCACUAUUUUAGAGGAUCAUUUUGUUGCUGAGGAUGCUUACAAUUUCUUGGUGAAUUGGCUACAAAGAUUUCCACAGUUCAAAUCCAGGGACUUUUAUAUAGCAGGAGAAAGCUAUGCUGGUCACUAUAUUCCUCAGCUUGCAGAGUUAAUCUUUGACAGAAACAAAGAUAGAAACAGUUACCCUUUUAUUAAUCUUAAAGGUUUUAUUGUGGGAAAUCCAGAAACUGAAGAUUACUAUGAUUAUAAAGGCCUUCUAGAAUAUGCAUGGAGUCAUGCAGUUAUAUCAGAUCAGCAAUAUGAAAAAGCAAAACAAGUUUGUGAUUUUAAACAAUCUCUAUGGUCUGAUGAGUGCAAUCAAGUCAUGAGUCAACUCUUCCAUGAUUACUCAGAAAUUGACAUAUACAAUAUUUAUGCCCCAGCAUGCCGUUUAAAUAAAACAUCUUCAGUAACAAGUAAUGUCCCUGAAUCACUUACAAAGGUGAAAAAUGAUUAUAAACUAAAGAGGAUGAGAAUAUUUGGGGGCUAUGAUCCUUGUUAUUCCAAAUAUGUAGAAGAAUUUUUCAAUAGGGUAGAUGUUCAAUCAUCUUUUCAUGCAAAUAAUAAUAAAAGAGAAAACGGUAACAUAGCAUGGAAGGUUUGCAAUGAUUCCAUAUUGGGGACUUACAACUUCUCUGUUUUUUCUGUCCUACCCAUCUACACUAAACUCAUCAAGGGUGGCCUUAAGAUAUGGAUCUAUAGUGGAGAUGCAGAUGGGAGAUUACCUGUGAUAGGGACAAGAUAUUGUGUUGAGGCUUUAGGAUUACCUCUAAAAUCUACUUGGAGGCCUUGGUACCACCAUAAUCAGGUUGGAGGAAGGAUAGUAGAAUAUGAAGGAUUGACAUAUGUGACAGUGAGAGGAGCUGGUCACUUAGUGCCUCUCAACAAACCAACUGAGGCUCUCUCUCUUAUUCAUUCUUACCUUACUGGAGACAAUCUCCCUACACGUCCAUGAUCAUUAAUUACCAAUUUCUUUAAUUAAACCAUUAUUCAAUAUGUAUAUGAAAAUGCAAUGUCAUAAUUAGCUCUUAUGUAUGCGUCUAUAUGUAAUAAAAUAUAAAUAAAGAAAUACACGCAUUUCAAAUUCAUUUGCGUGCAUAUGUCUUUAAGAAA